GCUGCCUCGUUUUCUGGCUCCGUCAUCAUGCAGCGCCGCCAGCCAGAGAGAAGGAAUAAGGUUACGCAGUCCUUAGCGGCCAAAACCACCCAAAUACACCACUACACUAACAACGGCCUCAUAUGGUUCUCAUUCUCCGGGUAUCUGACCCGCCGCAGUAAAACAGUGAGGUGACCCUACAGAAACAAUGGCGUCCUCUUCCACGCCAGCGACGCCGCUGCUCUAUGCCUGCAUCGCGCACAACACAACCAUCCUGGCCGAGUGCACGACGUCGGCCAGCUCGCAGACGUCGUCACUCGCCUCGCUGAUCCUGCCCAAGAUCGACCACGCGAGCCCGCAGAAGCUGACGUACACGCACGGGGCGCACCACAUCCACUACAUCGCCGCCUCCCCCUCCGAGUACCCGCCGGCGCGGCCGACGGCGGGCGGGCUGACGUACCUGGUGGUGUCGGACGCCGCGGCGGCGGGCAGCCGGCGGCUCUCGUUCGCCUUCCUGGCCGAGCUGCGCGCCCGGUUCCUGGCCGCGCACCCGCCCGAGACGACCGACUUCGCGGACCUGCCCAACUACGGCUGCGCCGGCUUCGCCGCCGACAUGCGCGCGCUCAUGGUCCGCCUCGGCGCCGGCGCCGCCGCCGCCGACGACGCCAUCGGCAACGUCCGCCGCGAGAUCGACGACGUCCGCGGCGUCAUGACCCGCAACAUCGAGGGCCUCCUCGAGCGCGGCGAGCGCAUCGACCUGCUCGUCGACAAGACGGACCGGCUCGGCCAGGGCGCCAGCGAGUUCCGCGUCAGGAGCCGCGGCCUCAAGAGGAAGAUGUGGUGGAAGAACGUCAAGCUGAUGGGCCUGCUGGGCUUCGUCCUGAUCCUGAUCCUCGUGACAAUUGUCGUGUCGGUGAGGAGUUAACGGGGGGGAGAAAACCAAAGGGGUGGUGGGGAAGAGGUUUUUUUUCAAGACAGGUUGGCCUUCUUCAAUCGGUAUCGGUCUGAUGGCGUUUCUAAGGGGGGGUGGGGGUUCUUGGAUGCCUAGUUUGAGUUCGCACAGGCACACUACACGGGUCAGAGGCGCGUUUCCGGUUUGUGUUUGAAUGAAUGCUGAGGAGUAAUGACUUUCGAUUUCAAGAUUACCUCCCUGCCUGCCUACCUGCCU